AUGAAGUCCGCGGCGCUUACUUCAGAAAGGCAUUUCCGGAGCAACUCCUCGUGUAAGGCGGGAGGAUACCUUUCCGCCGCCAUUGUCAGUGCCUGGACACCAUGCAACCUCAUAGAACCAGUGAGCGGCCGCUUAGCCUGGCUGAGGAAGCUGAAGUCGACAGAGGGUGAUCGUUUCAUUCCAAGUCGCAGCCACAUGAACAUGGACAUCUCAGCGUUCUCAAUUCGAGGUGGUUUCGACAAGAACGAAUCCAGGAAGCUCGUUACUCCAGGCUCUGAGAAUUAUCGCAAGUGCCUUGAAGGAUUGAUGACGAGAUGUCUGGAAGAGGAGGGAGCUGGCAACUCGGCAACUAAGCCGAGAGUUUUAUCAUUCAAAGUGAAGGCACCUGCUGGGUCCAAUAAUGGCUUGGACAGCUCCACCAAGACUGCCAACGGCAGUGACGUUUCAGGAUGUCACCCCCCUCCUCGCGUGAUACCUCAGGAGGCAGAGAAGGCUCUGGAAGCGCCUGGAGUGGUGGACAACUUCUACCUCCAAUUGAUAGACUGGAGCAUCUCUGACUUGGUCGCUGUAGCCCUCGGAACAUCAGUGUUUAUCUGGAAUGCUCAGAACGAAGAAUCCAUGGAGCUCAUGUCUGUUGAAACGGAUGAUGGACAAUCUCCCUACGUGACAGGAGUUUCUUGGGCUCCUGAUGGCGUACACUUGGCCAUAGGGGUCAGCAGUUCCGAAGUCCAAGUCUGGAACGUCUCCAUCCCACAACAGGUUCGUACCUUCAAGGGGCAUUCGGCACCUAUUUGUGCAAUGGACUGGUACAAGACACUAUUAUCAGCCGGCGAUAAUGCUGGAACGAUCAUCAACCAUGAUGUUCGCGCCCGGGAACACAUCGUCGCACGUCUCACGGCCCAUCGCAAAGGGGUAUGCGGGAUGAAGUGGGCUCCGUCUGGGCGCCAGCUCGCCAGCGGGGGAGACGACAACCUCGUGCACAUCUGGGACACAGCCCUCAUGUCGUCGUCUACCGCACCGGACGCGGCUGGCCGCCGCGAUGGAGCAAAUCUCCGGAGGACGAACGCCAGCUCUGCUGCUACUAGUUCUACUGGAUCCCACGUGCCUUUGCUUCAUCGAUUUGCGGAGCACCGCGGGGCGGUUAAGGCUCUCGCGUGGUGUCCAUUCCGAACGCACCUGCUGGCGACGGGAGGGGGUGUGAACGACUGCACCAUCCGGUUCUGGAACACGCAGACUGGCGCGUGCGAGAAGAGCGUUGACGCAGAGUCGCAGGUCACGGGUUUGCACUGGAGCAAGAAGGACCGUGAGAUCGUAAGCGCGCAUGGGUACGGAGCGAACACGAACCAGCUGAUCGUAUCGAAAUAUCCCUCCCUCGUACCGCUGGCCCGUCUUAAAGGGCAUAAAGACCGUGUGGUGGCAACCGCGCAGGCCCCUGACGGUGACAUCAUAGCUUCCCUCUCAGCUGAUGAGACUCUCCGCAUCUGGCGGCCAUUCAAUCCUGAACCUGUUGCUGCCAAGACCGUUGCGACUGGGAGUGGGAAGAGCAAGAUGGAGAGCAAUGGAGGGAUGACAGUGGGCGGCGGGUUUGCAAGAUCUCAGAUUCGCUAG